UAAUAUGGCUAUUUCAUGGUGGGGUUGUUGGUUUUGUUUUGGGUUUUUUGGAAUAGGCCUACGAUAUUUAUAUCAACAAAUGAUGUGUUAAAACCAUAUUUUCAGGUGGAAGUUUUGCUGAAAAUUUACUUGACCAGGGUCCCUUUUAAAAGAAAUUACCAUCAUUAGGCCUAUGUCAAACCAAACUGAAAUAAGAAAUUAUUUAUCGUACCGUCAAACAAUUUCGAUCGACAUGUGUUUUCGAUACUCCAUUUGUAAUUGCAUGUAUCGUGAGACCGUGUGAGAUUUGACGCCACCGAUAGCCCAAACGUAAACAAGGAAGUGGGUUGUUUUUUGUCUCUCUGGACUGAAAAUGCUUCGAGUCAAACUGCCAACAGUAAGUUUUAAUUAUAAUAUCAUAUACCGAUACAUUGUGCAUUUUAUCGAUUUUUAUUAAUACAGUAUUUUGGUAUUAAUAAAAUGCGCCAGAUAGAAGAAUGUAGUCAUCAGAUAUUCAUGCAGUUAUCGUCUGCUGCAUUGACGUUCCAUCUGUCUGUCGCGUGAUGUACCACGUGGUCCUAUACUGAACAAUAAUAUUUGUGGUAUGUUAGAUAGGUUAUCUCUUAUGCCAUUUCACUGCAACAUUUAUUUUAAUCAUUUUUGAUAGGUGGCUUAUACACAUGCACAUUUAUAUUUAUUACAAAUUGAGGUGAUUUUUGCAGGUGGACUUUUAAAAUAAUAAAAUAAUAUUAUUAUGUAUGAGAAAAUUAUUUUAUUUUGCACCUUUUUUUUUAAAUAAAAGGAAAUUUAACCGUAACCAUUGUAGUAAAAUUUACAUUUAAAAAUUGUUUUUUUUUGUUGUUUUUUUCUUUUUUUUCUUUGUUUUUUUAGGCUAUGAUUAACCGACCAAAAGCCACCUACAAACAGUACUCUUAUGAAUCACUGGGAAAUGCAUAUCAAUCGAUGUGUAGCGAAGGAAUGCCAAUUUAAAAAACCCCAGCUGCAGUCUUUUCAGUACCAUAUUCAACACUUCAUGAUCGUAAGUACUGCUUAUUUACCCAUAACACUGAGCAUCUGAAAGUCUAAGUUACUUAAAAUGUGUUGGAUUUGGCAGAUUGCAAUGGUCUUGUUACUUAUUUUCCCACAAGAUGUUAGUAGAGCAAGGUGAGGCUGUACUUGAAAUAAAGCCAUGUGUUUUACAUUGGUUUGAUGGAAUAGCGCUGAAUCUGACCUGUGUUCUCAGGAGUGGAACAAUUGACGAAGACAUCUUUAUAUCCAAAUGUAAAGAACCCAUUGUGCUGUGUAAUUCUAAUUUUAUGGCAUGUUAUUCGAUAGAACCUCGGCGUUACAGUGUUGUAGGAGUUCCAUCAGUGUCUGCAACAAUGUUGAUUAAGAGUUUUGCUAAAGGCAGACACGAUACAGAAUGGACUUGCCUUGAUUACACACCUGUAUCAGCACCUCUUUCUUGUAACAUUACAUUGUCAGCUCCGUAUGGUGUAAAAGAUGAAAAUCUGACCACGCUAACGACAGUUACUCUGCCAUUCAGUAUUUCAGUGACUGGAAGCUGUACCUACCUCCUCCCAAACUGUAUUUGGACAUACAAGAUACAGGGCGAGUCUGAAGAAAGAGUACCAGAUGGUCUAACAGAGAUAACCAACACCAGUGCACACUGUAAUUCAGGAGAUCAACAAGCAACUUGCACCUUGAAGUUUAAUAGAAAUCGUAAACUCAGGAGUGUUUUUCACAGAAAAACAAAGAAGAAAGGUGACGAUGGGCAGAACGAAGCUAAUAACUUGGGCAGAACGAAGCUAAUAACUAAAGAAACAAAAAUCCUGCAUUUUUCCGAAACUUGUACCCGAGUAGGGAAGACACAAUGACGCUAUUGCUACAACUUCAUAGUUUGGGUUGUUGUCGGUUUUUGUUCGAUCGUAUGAAACUGUAUUAGUAUACAAGCAUAAAUUGAAUUUAUAUGGUU